UUUAAUAUUUCACUUCCAGAUUUGAUUUUGAGUGUAUUCAUAUCUGGGUAGGAGUGAGAGAAAAAAACAAAAACUGAAAGUGAACAGAAUCAUAUUCAUAUUCACGUGUUGUAGCUGGACAUAUACACCACUGACCCCAUAGCAUGAACCUUUUUCUUUAAACCAGGGUCAGUUCAUGACCAAGAUCUUCGACACUUUUUCACGAAUUGCAUGUGGGCUCUAUUUUUGUUUUUCCAGAACCGUUUCAGAUUGAAUUUGCUGGUCUAAAGUAGCUAUGGCAGCGGUGGAGAGGAUUUUGUUGGCCCUGCAGAAUGAGGGUGCAGGAGGAGAAUCUUUUUUGGGGUCAAUAAGAAUUGCUGUGUUGCCCAUAGUUAAAGUGUUCACCAUGUGUGCUUUGGGGCUCCUCAUGGCUUCCAAGUAUGUUGACAUUCUGCAUGCUUCUGGAAGAAAGCUUUUGAAUGGGCUGGUGUUUACACUUUUGCUACCUUGCUUGAUAUUCUCCCAAUUGGGACAAGCUGUGACCUUGCAGAAGAUGCUUGAUUGGUGGUUUAUUCCUAUGAAUGUUGUUCUGGGUUCUGCAGCAGGCUCACUCAUUGGUUUUAUUGUUGCCACCAUCAUCCGUCCUCCGUACCCUUUCUUCAAGUUUACAAUUGUACAAAUUGGAAUUGGGAAUAUUGGGAAUGUUCCACUUGUUCUGCUUGCUGCUUUAUGUCGAGACCCAUCCAAUCCCUUUGGUGACUCAGAAAAGUGUAGCAAAGAUGGAACUGCCUAUAUAUCAUUUGGCCAGUGGGUUGGUGCUAUCAUCCUAUAUACAUAUGUAUUUAAUAUGUUAGCACCUCCUCCAGAAGGCACAUUUGAUAUUGAUAAUGAAAGUCUUCCCUUAAAGAGCACUUCAAUGGGUGAUACUACACCUGAACAACUUCCGUUGCUCGUUAGGGAAGAGGGGGUCAGUACAACAUCUCAAAAUACAUCAAAGAAGUGGGAGAUUAAAGCCCUAUUGGCGUAUGUAUAUGAGAAGUUAAAGCUUAAGCAAAUUCUUCAACCUCCUAUCAUUGCAUCAAUCCUUGCCAUGGUACUUGGGGCAGUUCCAUUUUUCAAGCAACUGAUCUUUACACCUGAUGCUCCACUGUUCUUCUUCACCGACAGCUGCAUGAUUCUUGGGGAGGCCAUGAUUCCUUGCAUUCUGUUGGCUCUGGGAGGCAACCUUAUUGAUGGACCUGGAAGUUCAAAACUUGGUUUUCGAACAACUGCUGCUAUUAUUUUUGCCCGGUUACUUUUAGUACCUCCUGUUGGAAUUGGGAUUGUCAUAUUGGCUGACAAGUUAGGUUUUCUUCCCCCUGACGAUAAGAUGUUUCGAUUUGUCUUGUUCCUUCAGCAUUCCAUGCCAACAUCUAUCCUUGCAGGUGCUGUUGCUAAUUUAAGAGGAUGUGGAAAGGAUGCAGCAGCUGUACUGUUUUGGGUUCAUAUAUUUGCUAUAAUCUCUAUGGCAGGAUGGAUUAUUCUAUUUCUAUACAUACUUUUCUGAUACUGUAGAGAGCCCUCAUAGCUUUACAUGAUUUUGUAUUUUAGUCCUAUUCAUUAGUUCAUUUGAUGUUUAUAUUAGUGGAGAAACAUCAGCAUUUAUAUAUACUGAUCUAAAUGAACAUGUUCGCUGUCUACUGAUUGUUGUUCACUCAUUAGGAAGCUGGAAAACACUUCAAAGUUUGAUAAUUUAUUUUAAACAGUUGGUCUAUUAACUACUACAAAA